AAAUAGUUUCAUUUCCUAUACAUAUUUCUAAAUAAAUUAGAAAAUUAUAUUUCACAGGAGACGACAGUACAGAACAAACGAGAAGCAGAUAGCGAUGCUUUGGAGUCAGUCCUCGAGCACGUUGGAGGAAUGGGACGAUAUCAAAUAUUCCUGAUACUAGCAUUGGGUCCGUUUGCAAUCUUUUCCGUAUUCGUCUACUUCGUACAGAUUUUCAUAACUCUUACCCCAAAGGACCAUUGGUGUAGAGUACCCGAAUUGCAGAGCUUAGAUUUGGAGUUGAGACGCAAUCUCACGGUACCUAUAGUUAUAAAAGGGGAUGAAAGAUGUUGGACAUAUAAAGCCAAUUGGAGUCAUGUGCUGGAGACGAUGAUGCCACCUGAUCCAAACACAACCUUGGAGCGUUGUCAGUACGGUUGGGAAUUUCAGUUCAAAGAUAUACCCUAUCCAACUGUAGUUACCGAUCGAGGUUGGGUAUGUGAAUAUGCAGGAAACGUGCCCACUGCACAAACAAUCUUCUUUGUGGGGUCAUUAUUAGGAACUCUAUUUUUUGGUUGGUUAGCUGAUCGAUUCGGAAGAGUGCCUGCUUUAGUUGGGUCAAACCUCAUUGCUUGUAUUGGUGGUGUAGCGACUGUUUUUACGAAUGGAUUUUGGGAUUUCGCAUUCUGUCGAUUUUUAGUGGGUUUAUCUCUCGAUAGCGGUUUCAUGAUUAUGUAUAUAAUGGUACUUGAAUAUGUGGGUAUUCGUCAUCGCACAUGGGUGGCGAAUGGAUCAUUGGCAAUAUAUUUUGGCGUGUCUAGUAUGUUAAUGCCUUGGGUGGCAAUUGCAAUUGGCGAUUGGCAGAAAUUUGCAUUGCUCACCUCCCUGCCCAUGCUGAUAACACUUGGUGUUCCUUUUGUCAUACCUGAGAGUACGAGAUGGUUGGCGUCAAAAGACAAAGGUGAUAAAGCAGUCAAAAUCUUUAAAAGAAUCGCAAAAGUAAACGGUAAUAAAGUUCCAGGUCAUGUGAUGAAUAAUUUCCUUCAAUCUCUCAGACAGCCAAAAACUAGCGACGAAUCCAUUGCAGCAUUAUUUAAUUCACGGGAGCUCUUGAAAACAAUGAUAGCUGCCAUAGUUGCAUACAUGUCAGCUACCAUGGUCUUUGACGGCCUCGUACGUUUAUCAGAGCAUUUGGGCUUGGACUUCUUUUUAAUUUUCACCCUUUCGUCGGCUACGGAGAUACCUGCGCUUCUAACGUUGGCUUUUGUUCUUGACAGGUGGGGUCGUCGAGUACUUGCGUGUGGGCCUAUAGUGUUGGCUGGAAUUUUAAAUGUCGCAGCCGCUUUUUUAGCAAAAGGUGUUCUUCAAGUUGUAUUGACUUUGGUAGCGCGGUUCUUUGUGAACAUGUCAUUGUCUGCACUAGUGCAAUGGGUUACGGAAAUUCUACCCACUCCGGUACGCGCUACAGGUAGCUCUAUAUUACAUGUAAGCGGGUUCUUUGGCGGAAUGUUCUCACCAUUCGUAGUUUAUGCUGGCCUAUACUGGACACCAUUUCCACUGUUACUAUUCGGUAUACUGGCAUUUAUAGCCUGUGCUAUGAGUUUGCUGCUACCAGAGACCAUGGGUCUUCCUUUGCCACAAACCAUUACCGAAGGAGAGCGACUUAUUCAGGAAAAAUCAUUAUUUAGGAGAAAUCCAGAUCCCACUACAGCUGUAUAUAAUGAAGAAUCGACAAAUGAAAAAAUUGUAUUAUAAAUAGAAGGAUAAUGGGAAAUAUGAUGCAAUCACCAAACG